GGGAGCAGAGGGAGGAGGAGUGUGGGACCAACAUUAGGAGACGGGGAGGAAAAAAACCAUUUUUACACGCUUGCCUUGCAGAAUCUGCACAGGGAAAUAACGGUAGAGGCAGAGAUUGACGGGGAAGACCGUGCGACGGCAAUCAUACAGUUUUCUCUUGCUUGUUGUCUGUGAAACAAAAGUACUCAGUCACAACCGACAACACACUACCCGACCACGUUACGGGACUACAACGGAUUUAACGAUUGGAAUAGGCGAAAUAUUCUUGCAUGGAGACAUUUCUAUAGUCUCUAUAGGAGUGGAUGGUUGGAGGAAGCGCGUCCAGGAAAGUUACAGACGACAAUGUAGGCUGCCCAGACGGAGUCAUAUCAUGGGCUCAGAGGCAGUGGAAGAUUGUGUGCAGGGGGCUCUCUCGUCCCUCUACCCCCCCUUUGAGAGCACAGCCCCGCCUCUCCUCUCUCAGGUUUUCUCUGUGUUGGAGUCGACUUAUCAGCAUGACAGUCUGAGGUACCUACUGGACUACUUCAUCCCAGCAAAGCACCUUCUGCACAAACUACAGCAGCAUGCCUGUUCUCAGUAUCUGGGCUGUCUGUUCCUCCACUCCGGUUGGCCCCUCUGCCUCGGAGAGAAGGUUGUGGUCCAGCUCUCUACUCUGGACUGGAGGCUGCUGCGCAGUACCGACUUCUACUUGCAGGUGGUUCCCUUCUCCACACGUUGCCCCCGCCUGGCCCUCAAGUGUUUGGCCCCCGGGGGCCGCAACGUCCAGGAGGUCCUGGUGCCCGAGUCACAGCACCCCCUGGUGUUCACUACAGAGUGGCUGCACAGUGUCAACAAGGAGAGGGGCUACAAGAGAGAAGGAGGUGGAGGGUUAGACACAUGUCUGGUUAGUACUUGUGACGGGGUGGUCCGCCUUCCGUGGGAGGAGGUGGUCUACCCCAAGUUCAUCCACAACCCAUCGGACGACCUGACUACCAUGGCUGACCACCCAACCUCCGUCCCCGACCACACCACCAACCUCACCCCGGUGGUGGGCCUCGGCCUGGGUGGCUGGGGGGGCUCCUCCUCUGGAGAACCAGACUCCUGUUCCUGGGACGAAGAAGACGAUGACCUACCUUUAGAUAGUGUAGAUGCAGAGGCCGCUCUACCCCGCCGACGGUGCAGCGAGGACGGGUUGGGGAGGACGACGAGGCACCACCAAAUGGGUGGUGAUGGGGACUACGUGGAACUCCUGGAGCCCAGGGGGGGUCCGGACGGCGGCGCGGAUCCCAGGCAGAGGUACCUGGAGAUGCAUGGGAUCUGUAAGACCAAGACACUGCCGCUGUGUAGGAGGAGCAAGGCUAUCAAGCUCCGCAGAGGGAAGGCCUGGGGGUACGGGCGACUGGACGCAGCCGGGGGCAGUAGGGGCGUUCUGGCGGGUAAGAGGGACCCCGUGACCCCCCGGGGGGACUGGUUACCCCCCCGCCCCCUGCCUAGAGUCAUCGAUCUAGGCCGAGCGAGGCGGUCUGGGUCGUAUCCCCCCUCGCUUCAGAACUCCGAUGAAGGGGAGCAACAGGGCCUAGGAAAAGACCCAGAAGGCCUAGGAAGCCGGGGGCUGUAUUUUGAGGGUCCGUCCAAGGAGAGGAGGCCCGGGGUGGGCAGGGAGAGGGACGGCAGUGGGUGUAAUGUUACACAGCCAUGCAGGGACAGCCAUGGUAGCUACAGUUUGGUAGCGACCGAGACAGUCAAUCACAAAGCAGCGCACGUUGUAGAGGGCCAAUCGGAUCAAGGCUCUCACUCUGAAUCUGUGUUUGAGGAUGCUGAUAAGCCACUGAGUGGAGACAGCGACACCAUGCCCACUUCAGACACACGAGGAAGUGGGGAGAAUGCUGCGAGGCCAUUGGUUGAUAUUCCAGGAAAUGGGGAGAACGUGGACAGCCCAUUGGCAGUUGGAUCUGAAACCCAGAAAGGAAGACGUUCCACUAGUGACUCUUGUUUACCAGACGAAACAGCAGACUCGAUAGAACACAGAGAGACGGGACGUUCUCUCUCUCGACCCGGUACUGACGCUGACCCAAAGGGAGCAACAACUUCAGAAGAGAGGGAGGAAGUAAAGACGGAGGAGACAGGAGUGUGUCCUAGAGGAAAGGAAGUAAAGACAGAGGAGACAGGAGUGUGUCCUAGAGGAAAGGAAGUAAAGACAGGAGGAUUCAGGGCACCCAGGAGGAAGAGGAAAGGGAGAGGUGGAAAGGGGAAGGCUAAAUGUGGUGGUCGUGGCAACCAGAAGACUCGAGACCAAGCCAGUUCCAAACCACCAAGUAAAACACCUCAGCGUGAUCCCGCACUCUCCCCGACAACCAACCUGCCAAUCACUGCAGCCAACCGAUCUGAGGCAGCACAGAAGCCUGAGGGGCCGGAUAAAGAGCUCACACCAGUCAAUGAGGGACAAGAAAAAGCUGAGAUUGAGGAAAGCAAUAGAGAAAACCAGGUUGUCCAAUCAGAAGUCUCACCUGACACAACUAGCCAAUCAGGCACAUCCUUAUCUAACCACUCUACAGAGGAGGUGGGGCCAGAGACAUCUCCUGACCUAUCGAAUGGCCUAUCACCUAAAGCCCCUCCUCUCCUAAGGGAAUUGGACACAGAACUCCUCCAAUCAGGAAAGCUGAUGUUGACAGGUACGGUGGACAGGCUGGGACGGGCUGUGGUUAUCACUGAAACGCAUCUCCCAGAGGACGGUUGCCGUGCGGACGAGAUGGGCCGUGUCUUGGCCUGUUAUCACAGGAUCACCCGCCCUUCUGCUAAAGAGCGUGGUCUAACAGUAAUAGUAGACAGUAGACAAUCUCCUCCCUCCGCUCUCUGCCUCGCCGCACUGAAACAAUUACAGGCUGUGGUCCCGGGAGGUCUUGGCUCUGUCCUCAUUCUGGUGGAGGAGCAGCAGCAGGAGUCGUCUCCACACACUCUAGAGGGAGUAGAGGUGCACACGGUGCGAGGGACAGGGGUCCUUCAGCAGUAUAUAGACAGGCAGCAGCUGCCUCUGGAGAUGGACGGAGACUACAAACACUGCCACUCUGACUGGCUGGCCUUCAGACUGAGUGUGGAGAGUCUAACUGAGUGUUGUGAGAGCGCCCUCUCUCUGUUGGAGGAUGCACUGCAGUCUAUGGACACAGCACCACUACCAGACUGUAUCAAGAAUGUUCCUCUAAGUAUGGACAAACACAGACAGCUGAUGACGAGCGUCCUAGUCGACCAACGGCUGACUGAGCUGCAGCGGAGGGGCGGGGCCUGGCUGGCAGGGCUGGCCAAUGGCACAUCAGGACUAGCAAAGCGGUCCCCAGACUGCAGGGCUGCUCUGGCUGCGACCUCUAACCUCUAUGACAGCGUGGAUGAUGCCCUCCACCGCCUCGUCCGCAUGUCCAAUCAGAGGGGAAGUGACCUGGAAGCCCUCGGCCGAUUGGAUGCCAUGGUGGACAAACUGGAAAAGUGUGAGAGGGAGAUAGAGCAGAUCCAGGAUCAGUUGGAAGACUACAGGGAGCCUCCCAUCUCUCUCAGCAGACUCUCCCUCAAACAGCAGAAGUUCAAGACUUUCAGAGAGUCGGCCAAUGAGCUGCACACUGUGACCCUGGCGGUCCUUGGAGAUCUGGAGAGCUGGUCUGAGCUGGACUGGGGGGGACUGAGAGAGGUGCAGGUCAGGGUACCACCGGUCAGAGAGAGACUCAGAGACAUGUCUCACUGUCUGUCUGACUGCUGGACAACACUGGACAACACACAGAGACUACUGUCCACACUGACCGAGGCCAACCAGUGGUGCGACGUCAUCUCCUCCACCUCACCCUCCCCCUCCACCCCCCUCUCCUCCCUCCCUCCCAUUCCGCCAUCCCGUUUCCAGGACGCCCGUGCCUUAGCCUUGGAGCUGGGUGGUGGAGCUCUCCUGGACCUGUGGUCUCAGACCCUGGAGCGAUACCAACGCACCGUGGCCCAGGUCAAACCCAGGCUGCUGCAGCAGGCAGAGCGGGGUCAGAACCAGGGCCAGGCCCGGCCCAAGACCCCCUCCACCUCCAGUCUGUGGGACCUGAUGGGGCCCGAGGGAGAGGGAGACUGGGGUGUGGGGGCCGGGGGAGGGGAAGGAGGCCUCCAGUCCUGGGGGUCCCUGGCUUCACUGUUUCGCCCACAGACCUGCUCCACUCUGAAGAUAGGAGAGGAGAAAGGGAAUAAGAAGGGGGGAACAGGAGGAGGAGGUGGAGGAGGAGGUGGAGGAGGAGCGGGAGGAGGAGCGGGAGGAGGAGCGGGAGGAGGGAAGUUUCUGCAGAAUCUGCUGCAUCCGGCGAAGAAGAGUCCCACAGAAGCCUCUUUGCCCCCCAAGCCCCCCAGGAAGCGUCACCCCAGCUUCGACCUCCAGGCCCUGCUGGCCCCCCGUCGGGGCCCUGCCACCCCCAGGCCCGUAGAGCCUCCUGUGGGUGCAGCCAGCCGAGGAGGAGGAGGAGGGGUGCAGGGGGGAUCAGGGGUGCUCAUCAGAGGGGUAGAGGUGAGCAGCAAGGAGGUGGUGGACUACACCGGGACGCCAAGACAACACGUGCUGCUGAGCCGAGCGGAGAGGGAGACGGGAGGGGAGAGGCAGGGCACCACCACCGCACAGAGUAAACUGUACCUAUUGUGGUGCAGGAUGUUGAGUUCAGAGAGGCAGUACGUGGCCGUAUUAAAGGGGGUGGAGGAGACCUGCCUGCCCCUCCUGGAGGCUCCAGACACCCCCUCCUCCCUCAGGGGGAAAGCAGACCUCCUGUUCCCCAAAUGGGCCAGCCUCAGCUCCUUCCAUUCGCAGUACCUCCUCCCAGCCAUGGAGGGAGCUCUACUGCAGAGUCUGCUGCAACAGGACCUCUUCAGUAAAUACAGAGAGGAGUUUCUCCAGUACUCUCACUACAUCAGGACUAAACCAGAAGUGGACUCCCUGUUGGUCACUCAAGCUGCAGACUUCUUCAAGCUCAGACUCCCUUCCAGCCCUCCUCUCUCCCCCCUGUCGUUCCCCCACUGUCUCCAGGCCCCUACACAGAGACUGGAACAGUACUGCGAUGCCUUGGAAGAGCUGGGAGGGCUAAACCCUGCCUCCGACUCCUCCCUCUCCGUCCUCAGACACGUCCAGCGUCAUGGCGAGGACCUCCGGGCCAGCGACCUCAUCGUCGGGUGUCCGGUCCCAGUGGCGGAGCGUGGAGAGCUGGUGCGUCAAGGGGAGCUGUUGGUGUGUGGGGGGACCAGAAGGAAGAAGACAGGGGUGAGGAGUGUGUUCCUCUAUCAACACCUCAUCAUCUUCACCAAACAGAAGAGCCCCAGUCCAGGACGCACCGCCUACAGCUUCAAACACAGCAUCAAGACGGGUGAGAUGGGUCUGACCCAGAGUGUGGGUGAGGAGGGGGUGAGGUUCGAGGUGUGGGUGCGUCAGGCCCCUCGUAUCAGGGACUGCCUGACCCUGCAAUGUCAGAGUGGAGAGGAGAGGGCAGCCUGGACACACGACAUCGCUCAGCUCCUCUGGACUCACGCUAUACACAACACAGAGUUGUGUCUGAAGGAGACAAUGUGUAUUGGUGUGUCCAGUAAGAUACUACUAGAUGUCACAGGAGCACCGGUAACAUCUGAACUCGACUCUAUCUACAAUCUCAACGACAGAGUCCACAGUAGCUGUUCAGACUCUUCCUCUGUUGGCAGUCAGAAGGAGGGGGGAUCCCCAGCCUCUGGGAGGGGACACACACAGAAUCAGUCUCCUUCCACUGCGGUGUAAUCUUCAUCUCAACAACAAACAAACUGGAUUCUGGACUCUGGACCUAAUAAAGACCAAAACAACAUCUCUAUGCAAGCCACUGGACGGGUCAAACUGGACAAGAAGUAAAGGACCAAAUUGAAAAGGGCAUACAGGAAACAAAGAGACAUUACGGCUCUAACUAACCCAGGAUCUAGCAUCAGCAGAGCCUGUUGUGGGUGGCCAUGUUGGAUCGGCCAGACCCAGUUGCUCGCCGAGUCAUUGAUACCGUGGACUCUCCAGCCACACAGUAGAGCCAUUGUCCUCCCUCUGCGGCUACCCACUAGGCCAAACCACUCUGCCUGAACCACUGACUGGCGGCCAUGGCCUUCGUGCUUCCACUAUCUCCUAAAACAUACAGGAACAUUAUAGGAAAUAUAGCUUAUACUGACUUUAUUGGACAUUAUUCAAAUGUAUCCUUUUACAAUGCUGUUUAAACAGUGCCGGUUUGUUGGGAUGAUAGUACUGUAGUAGUAUUAUAGAUUCUGUCUGUGUGGCUAUAUGUGGUAUAGCAUAGGCUAGGUGUGAUUGUGAUCUAUGCAAAUGAGUACAUGUAUGGAUGUAUGAGUGCACACAUUACGCAGAGUGUGGAACACACGCAUACACUCUGCAGACAGUCUUAUUGUGCUAUAGACAGUAGAGUACUGUUCCGACACUGUGGCCAACUCACAGCUCAGUCCAGUAGCUAUAGACCAACCAGUGGACAGAUAUCCACUAACGACAGGCAUGGUGCUCUACUCUCAGUAGGUCUUGCCUGGAAGUAAAGAAUAUAAUAAAGAAUAACAUGGAAAGGAAACGUCAACAUCUUAUUAUAACUAAACUAUUAAUCUAAGCACUAAAUAAGCUGUUAAGGAGACACUACCAAAGCAAGUGAGAAUGUGGGCCAAAUGGUUACAGUGUGUCCAAUUGUUAUUGUUGAUGGUUUAAGGAAAAGUGGUAUUAAGUCUUAUUCAGACGUAAGUCUUAUUGUAACCGUAUAACUUGUUUGGGGCCUUAUAGCAUUGCUCUGUAUAAAGCUACAGUAGCUAUGGGAUUCUAUGCAGUAUUCUCGAUGGGUCUUUUCAAUGACUAUUUAAUUGAUUGAUUUUGUUAUUAAUCUUUUUCAUAUAAGCCAUAAUGUUGUAAUCACCAAGUGUACAAACUUUUUGUUUGUUAGCAUAAGUUAAUGCAAUAUGAAGUUAUUUAGGUAUAGUGUGUAAAAUGAGUUAUUUGUUCAUGUCUGAGUAGUAUGCUUAUAGCUUUUAUACGUUAUUAAAAAUGAAGGAAAGUAUUCCAUGAAAUGGAGAUGUCUGUUACCUACUGUAUUAUCUUGUUAUGAAUUUAUUGAUUGUGUAUUUUUUAUGCAAUAUGCACUAUUAGCUUACACCUCCAACUUAAUACAAUACAAUAAGAAGAAGAAUAAAUCAUUUGGUGUGUG